UUCCAUUUGUACCAAUCCUUUAGGUCAACUUCUGCAUAGGCAUAUUGAUGAUUCAUCCAUUAUGACCCAUACCUUUCCCUUUAUGCAAAACCAAAACCCAAACUUAACGCAACAGCUUUUGCCUUCAAAGCAACAACCUCUCUUAUCUUCUUUCUAUUCUCUUCUGUCAUUUCUCGCCUGCAUACAUUAAUCACUUUCCCUUACCCUCCCUCUGUUUUCCCCAUAAUCAUCUUCAUUACAGCACUCCCAACAAAUAAAACGACAAAGUCUCAUUAGUUGCAACAUCCCAUAACCAAAUACACCACAAUUUCUCCCUUCCCCAAACCUAACCUUAUCACAGUACAUCAAUCAUGUUUUAUUUCUCAUCUCCCUCGUUUCUAUAAAUACCAUUUUUCAUUUCAAUUAAAUCACUAUCCCAAUUUUUUCUUCUUGUUGCGUCUUUUUUUCUUCUAAUUCCCUUCAUUUUCUUUUUAUCGAAAAUGAACACCAUGAGAGGACCGGAAGAUCAGCAAUCUAGGGUUUUCUGUGAGCUGUCGGCUCUGGUCUUCAACCUCCUCCGCUCUCCGCCGCUCAUGCCGGAGUCUCCGCCCAGGCGCCCAACGGCGGGGGCUCAGAUAACGCCGGCAGGGUUCGCAUCGCUGCUUCUGGGGAUUUCGGUGGCUCUCAUGCUCUGCGGAUCGGUUACUUUUUUCAUCGGGUUUAUGUUGAUGCCGUGGGUUCUCGGAUUGAUGAUGGUUUUCUACGUCGCUGCCAUCGUUUCCGCUCUCUCCGUUCUGGGGCGUUCCAUUCUCUGUUUUGCCUCGCCGCGUAAGGAUCUUCCUGUGGUUGUUUUCCUUUUCGCAUCUGGCUUGUUUGAGCUUGUCAGCGCAGCUUAUCUCUUAGAUCGUAUCACACACACAUGUUGGAUCACGAGCCUAUUUUUGCUGUUUCAGAGUGGAAACUUAUGUGAAAAGAUAAAUAAGGGAGUGGACUAGUGCGAUCGUAGUUAUUGUGCCUGCCCCCUUGCGCAGCCUGCGGAACGAAGAUCACUGAACUUCUCUGACCAGAAGCAGGAGUUUUGGCUUUUGUGAAAAGUACUAAACUUUGUGGAUAUGGCUUCUCUUUUUAUUACAAUCAGCCAAGUUCUGAGGAAUCAAGAAUUGAGGACUUUCUUCCCGCUAUUGUCUAUUACUGUCAAUUAUUUUAUUUGUCGUUAUUUUCACUCUUGUAAAUUUUGAAGUAGAGGCUUCUGAAAUUCAUUUCUUUUCCAUUUCCAAACGUGGUAUAUAUACACUGUAAAAUUUGAUAUGAUGACUCACGAGAAGGUUGUCUUAUUACAAUUUUUUAUACACAAAAUUGAGAAUGACUUUAUUAAA